GUAUUUUGGGUUUUUGGGUGUGUGCUCCUAUUUGCUCUUUCAACUACUGUUCUUCCUUUCGUCUUAUUAGAUUGGAUUAGAUAUUUCUAUCCUCUGAUUUAGGGUUUUGACUUUGAUUUCUCACCUCUGUAUGUAUCUUUCAAUUCUCGUGUGUUGUGUCUGCCGUGAUGCAGCUUUGAAUUGUGUGAGCUUGGAGCAUUCGGCUCCAAGUUUGGACAGUGAUACGUUCCUGAUCGAGUAUAUGUUGUACUUAUCGUUGAUUAAAAGCUGGAAGUGACGUUGGUGAUUGAGUCGGAGUCAGUUUUAGAUGGAUGAUGGGCACCGGGAAAAUGGCAGGCAUAAGCUGCCACAGGGUCAGUGGCUGAUGCAGCAUCAGCCAACGAUGAAGCAGAUAAUGGGCAUCAUGGCCGAAAGAGAUGCUGCGAUACAAGAGAGGAAUUUGGCUCUUUCUGAAAAGAAGGCUGCCUUGGCUGAGCGGGACACUGCUAUCCUACAACGAGACACAGCUAUUGCUGAGCGAAACAAUGCGAUAAUGGAACGAGACAACGCUAUUGCCACUCUUCAGUAUCAUGAGAGCUCGAUGAAUACUGGUAGUAUGUCUCCGUGUCCCCCUGGGUGCCAAAUUUCGCGGGGAGUGAAACACAUGCACCAUCCCCAGCAGCAUGUUCAGCACCAGCCACAUAUGGUUGAAGCUGCAUAUAACUCGAGGGACAUGCACAUGAGUGAUACGAUGCCCAUGUCACCAGCUGCUCCCGAGCCUGCAAAGCCAAGGCGGAACAAAAGAGCUAAAGAAGCUAAGCCAGCAACAUCUAGUAAAAAGACUUCGAAACCAUCCAAGAAAGUUAAGAAAGAAGGCGAAGACCUGAACAAGACGAUGUUUGGCAAGUCACAGGAGUGGAAGGGCACACAAGAAAUGGGUAGUGGAAGUGAUGAACUUAGCAGACAAAUGUGUGUGUCAAAGCCAGAUUGGAAGGAUCAGGACCUGGGGUUGAACCAAGUGGCGUUUGAUGAAUCAACUAUGCCAGUCCCGGUUUGUUCAUGCACCGGAGUUCUAAGGCCUUGCUACAAAUGGGGAAAUGGCGGCUGGCAAUCAUCUUGCUGCACAACCAAUUUAUCAAUGUAUCCUCUUCCAACAGUUCCUAACAAGCGACAUGCCAGAAUUGGUGGUCGGAAAAUGAGUGGCAGCGCAUUUACCAAGCUACUUAGCCGCCUCGCUGCUGAGGGCCAUGAUCUAUCAAAUCCAGUUGACCUGAAGGAGCACUGGGCAAAGCAUGGAACAAACCGCUACAUCACCAUCAAAUAAAUGUUCUGAAAUACUUAAAAUUAAUGAGAGAAUAUCUUUAGCAAGCAUUUUAUAUGUUAAGAUAUGACUCAACUGCUCAAAGUGAAGUGUCUUAAGGCUUGGAGCCUCUAUGCAAGUAACUAGAGAUAACUGUAAAGCAAGUCUAUCUAUUUUGGAUGAUGAUAACAAUUCAGUGUAAUAUUGGCUGUUUAGCAUAUUAUGCUUC